CUGCUGUGCUGUCUGGCUGGGACGGAGGGCUCCACGCUAAGCAGGCGACUAACCAUAUUAAACCCAUAAAGAGGCGGUUUUAUCGGUCCAGGAUUCUGAAAUUAGUUUUACUCGUAUUCGACAUAAAUAUCCAUCAGGUAGGAGCUCAGUGGACUUUAUUCUCUCGCUGGCUCGCAUAUACGCUUCAGUGAACCACUGCAGCAGCAACAGACCAGCACGCCGCUCCGCCGCUGCUGUGAGAAGAAAACAAGCAGUCCGCUAAGCUGUGUGAUCAUUGACAGAGUUCAAUACACACAAGCUGAGGAGUGGUAGCUGCUGGGAGCUUUGUGCAGCGUACCCCCGAGCCUCUUCAAGAACCGACCAGCUGGGGACCUUUUUAUCGCUGAAGUGGAGGUAUUACAUGAAGUAUAUAUUUUUUUAAUCUGAGCCACUGUCGGGCACUUGACCAAUAGGAACAGUUUGCACAAUUUCCACCAGCUUGUCUGCAGCCCCCUCCCAACCCAGACAGUCUUCUGCCCCAGCAUGAAUGAAGUCAGUGUUGUGAGAGAGGGAUGGCUCCACAAGAGAGGUGAAUACAUUAAGACAUGGCGGCCUCGCUACUUCAUCUUAAAGAGUGAUGGCUCCUUCAUUGGCUACAAAGAGAAGCCUGAGAUGUCCAGUGACCACAGCCUCCCACCACUCAACAACUUCUCUGUCGCAGAAUGCCAGCUGAUGAAGACCGAGCGCCCAAGGCCCAACACAUUUGUUAUUCGUUGCCUGCAAUGGACCUCCGUUAUUGAGCGCACAUUCCAUGUAGACAGCAACGAGGAGAGGGAGGAAUGGAUGCGAUCGAUCCAGGCUGUGGCAAAUAGCCUGAAGAGUCAGCAGCAGGAUGAGGAGCCCAUGGAGAUUAAAUUUGGCUCGCCAAGUGACAGCAGCGGCACAGAGGAGAUGGAGAUUGCUGUGUCCAAAUCCCGCACAAAAGUGACUAUGAGUGAUUUCGACUAUCUGAAGCUGCUGGGAAAAGGGACAUUUGGUAAAGUGAUCCUGGUUAAGGAAAAGGCGACAGGGAUGUACUACGCCAUGAAAAUCCUCCGCAAAGAAGUCAUCAUUGCUAAAGAUGAAGUGGCACACACAGUUACAGAAAGCAGAGUUCUCCAAAAUACGCGGCAUCCCUUUUUAACGACACUAAAAUAUGCAUUUCAAACGCAUGAUCGGCUAUGCUUUGUGAUGGAGUAUGCAAAUGGAGGAGAACUCUUCUUUCACUUAUCGCGGGACCGAGUUUUCACAGAAGACAGAGCACGAUUCUAUGGUGCAGAAAUAGUGUCAGCACUGGAGUACCUACACUCACGCAAUGUAGUUUACAGGGACUUAAAGCUGGAGAACCUCAUGUUGGACAAGGACGGCCACAUAAAGAUAACAGACUUUGGGCUGUGUAAAGAGGGGAUCACAGACGGUGCCACCAUGAAAACCUUCUGUGGGACCCCGGAGUACCUGGCACCAGAGGUGCUAGAAGACAAUGACUACGGACGAGCGGUGGACUGGUGGGGACUGGGCGUGGUCAUGUAUGAGAUGAUGUGUGGUCGGUUGCCCUUCUACAACCAGGACCAUGAGCGUCUCUUUGAGCUUAUCCUCAUGGAGGAGAUCCGUUUCCCCAAGAACCUGGCUCCUGAGGCCAAGGCCCUGCUGGCUGGCCUGCUCAAAAAGGAUCCCAAACAAAGGCUUGGAGGCGGACCAGACGAUGCCAAAGAAGUGAUGAGCCACAAGUUCUUCACCUCCAUCAACUGGCAGGAUGUUCUUGAAAAAAAGCUUAUUCCACCCUUCAAACCCCAGGUGACAUCAGAGACGGAUACGCGCUACUUCGAUGAUGAGUUCACAGCACAAACCAUAACAAUAACUCCCCCUGAUAAGUAUGACAGUUUAGAUGCAGAGGAUUCAGAUCAGCGCACGCACUUCCCUCAGUUCUCCUACUCUGCCAGCAUACGGGAAUGAUCACUCAGACUCUUGAAGCAGGCAGGCUAACACACGAUCACAAUCCCACAUACACACUUGCACUGCUGGGGAACGACACAAACAAAAACUGGCACAAAACACAUUUUCAUUUGGUCUUUAACGCACGUACACACACAAACACGCACAUACACACACAGACACGCACGUACACACACACACACACACACACACAUAUCCUGGCUAUUCAGACAAGACAGGGAUCAUGGAGUAUGAGAUGAACACACGGGCCGUGAAUGACUGACCUCAGCAGGUUUGUGUGGAUAGACUGGCAGCUUUGUCUCUGUGCGUCCUCUCAGGGUCGGCUUUAGGCUUCCCUGCAGGACCUCUGCUGCACUACACUGGGGUACCACAUCAAAGCCUUGACACUUUGAAAACCAGGUUAUGCCAGCAAGUACCACCUCUUUACCAGCUGUACCCAUGCUACACACGCACACAUACCAACCCAUGCAUAGACUGCAUCUAUACACACAAUCGUACUUGAUAGAAUUUAAAAAAAACUUAAUUAAAAUUGGGAAAAUGGAAAAGAUUUGGGGGAAAAAACAAAAUUUUAUUUCAUUGAUUGUUACGGUUUUAAAUGUAAAGCCAUAUUUCUGCAUUUUUUUGUGAUUUUUUUCUUUUUCUUUUUUUUUUUUAACAAGUGCUCUUUCUGGAACUUGCUGUUACAAAUCAAGUGUGGGACUGUUCCUACAGUAGGGGGAAAUGGGGACGAGGGGGAGGGGACGAGGGAAGCCAUUUCUGUGUUUGCACUGCACGUGUGUAUGAGUGAACGGAUGAGUGAAUGUGUGUGUGUGCGCAAAUGAGUGCAGGAGGAUGUAUGAACAACCAUUUUGACUCGACCAUCCAUUUGUGUCUAUUUUCAUGCAUGUUUUUAAACUGUUGCUGGAAUAUCGACGAGAGGACACUACACAACACACUCAAUGGCCUUUUUUAAAGGGAACAAGCAUGUAAUUAAUGAAUGCUGUGACCAGCUUGGCGCUGAAUCCACUCAGUCAGGAAUAGAAAACUGGGAUCUCUUGCAUAGCUAACCUUCGCUUUAAAAGCUGCAUUAAUUUAACUCAAAGUGAUGCAGCAGUCAGGUUCUUGGAGUCCCUGUUGCUGUGUCCACACUGACUUACCGACCAACUAGCUGCUGAUUGGAGGUGUAAAGUAAGUUUUCAUUCAGGCCAGUCUGCCGUGUGUUAAAGAGGAGAAUAGAGACUAGACGCUUCUCCACAGAUGUUCCCCAACCUGUCUAGAGAGACCAAUGUAGACGCACUCAGCCAUUCGCUGUCCAUGAUCCAGUAAUUCUCACUCCCUAGCUGGAGAGUUAUGCACCAAUCUUUUGUUUAUUUUAUAUUUUUAGUAUCUGUGUAAGUUUUAAAAUUAUUUUUGUUCCGUAUUUAAAGAAUGAGAGUUCAAUCGUUACGUUUUCAUAAUGAGGCCAAAAAAAUUGACUGACUCAACGACCGUUUGACGAUUAACUUCAAAUGAUUCCACAUCUGAUGUUUCAAAUCUUUUUUGUUUGUUUUCUUUAAUGUUGUGUCGAAGCACUUAAAUCUCCAUAAAUAUGUCUGGAGCAACAGUCCGCAGGUUUACAAUCCAACCGAGCUGGUCGACCAACCUUCAACCUGCACACGAGGAGCUAAUCAAAACAUCCGCCGAUGUAUUAAGUUGAAAGGAAAAUGCAUUCUUUGAGUCAUGACGGCACAUGAUAACACACACAAGUGCUCAUAUACACAGGCAUUUUAUAUUCCAUAUUGCUGGAAGAGAUGUUGGUUGCUCCUUGAGCCUCACUAAAGGAACAUCAAGAUCUUUUUUUGUUUGUCAUUGUUUUUGUUUUUGUUUGUUGAUUUUUUUUCUCCCUUUUUUGUCCAUCUAUUUCUCAAAUUUUGGAAGACACAUUGUCUUGUUUUAAGUAUACAUUAUAUACAAAAUUAUAUAUUAAAAAUUUUAAAACGGC